AACACCAUGGAGAAAAAGGACACGUAUAACAUCAUGGCGAAUAUAAAUGUCAUAAGUCGUAAGAUACAUAUAACUCAUCAAAGCAUUUUCAUUACUUUCAAGUUCGUGUUAUUUCAUUUUCGCUAUUUGAUGUCAUCAUUGUUAGUUUAAAUGACUUUUCCGAACAUUUAAACCCAUAGCAACACUUUGGUAAACUAUGAAUCGAUCAUCUAGCUAAAAUCAUCUAUAAAGUGUCUCGGCUUAGAAAUCCCUCCUAAAAUUCAAUCUAUGAACACUACUCAUGUAAAACAUCCCUGCAAGUAACAAAAAUAAUUGCCAGCAUUCUCAAGCAUUUAGAAUUGAUUGUUUUUCAAACAAGAAAUAAGAUAAUUAACAUUUGGAAUAAUCGAAGAACAAGAGGAAUCAAAAUGUCUAUUUAUAUUGAAAUUCUCUAAAAAUAUAGUUAAAGAGUUUACUAUUUUUAUAUUAUUUAUUGUUAAAGCCAAUUGGUUUUGCUUUUGUUUUUCUUUGGUCCAUUCCAAACAAAGACUUUUCAAACGCAAUUCAAAAGCAUUCAGAAGACCAAUUUUUCCUUAUUAAUCCUUCCCCUCAUCCAAAAAUCCUUCGUUCCUCUGCAAAUUCUCCCAUCUUCUUCAUCACCUAAUCAUGGAUGUCGAACAAGAAGAGAUGCAAUUUCUCGGAACCUAUGGAAUUUUCAGAGAAACCGCCAAAUUAAUUUUCACAUGGAGAAGGAUUUUCUCUCAAAUCACUCUAGCUCUGAUUCUUCCCCUCUCCUUUUUGUUCUUGGCUCACAUGGAGAUCUCCGAUCUAUUCCUACGAAAAAUCAUGUUCGACGAAUUUGUAUUGGACCAAACGCAAACCAGUACAGCCUCAUUCGAUAAACUCUCCGACAUCGUCUCAUCAGAGAAGGUAUAUUAUUUUCUAUUUCAAAUCGCGUACCUGGUUAUCUUCAUCGUCCUCUCGCUUCUCUCCACCUCCGCCGUCGUCUACACCGUCGCGUCGAUCUACACCGGCCGCGACGUCACCUACAAGCCGGUGAUGAGCGUCGUUCCUAAGGUCUGGAAACGGCUCCUCCUCACAUUCCUCUGCGUGUUCAUCUCCUUCAUCGGCUACUCAAUCGCCAGCGUCCUCGCCAUCUCCUUCCUCUUCUUCCUCAUCAUCCUCAUCUUCGGCUCAGUCGGCGCCGGCGUCAUCAUCCUUCUCUACAUCAUCCAAAUCAUAUACCUCGCCGGCGCCUUCUACCUGACGGCGAUCUGGCAGCUCUCGAACGUCGUCUCCGUUCUCGAAGAUUCAUACGGAUUCAAAGCGAUGAGCAAAAGCUACAGUCUGGUGAAAGGGAAAUUAGGGAUUUCAAUUGUUAUAAUCCUCAUUCUAAGCUUCCCACUCGGAACGGUGCGUUUUGUGUUUGGGAAUUUGGUGGUUCGAACGGAGUCGUUGGGUGUGCUUACCAAGGGUAUUUUGGGAAUUUUUUGCUUUUUAUUAUUUUUUAUUUGCUUUUUAUUGAAGCUGGUGACGGAGACGGUAUUAUAUUUCGUAUGCAAAUCAUACCAUCAUGAAAAUAUCGACAAGUCGGCCCUCUCGGAUCACCUCGAGGUCUAUCUAUUGGGAGAGUAUAUGCCGUUGAGGCCUAGAGAUGUUCAACUCGAGAAAUUUCAACUUUAAGUAUGUAAACUCGAUAUAGUUCUAUUCUUUUAUUUGUAUCGUCGUCUUUGAAUUGUACGGGAUUUUUUUUCGUUGAUGUAAACAUUUUUUUUAUCUCGACUUUCGUCGUUUCUAUUUUU